GCUGACUUUCUUUGUGUGCCAGGCUUCUGUGAACACUAGGGUGUGAGAAUACUUUCUUUGUUUCUAGAGAGUUACUCUCUCCAUCUCAGAAGUUCCAGCUCUUGGUAUACCAUGCAGAUUCUCUCUUCCAUGACAAAGAAUAUCGGAAUGCUGUGAGCAAGUAUACCAUGGCUUUGCAGCAGAAGAAAGCGCUAAGUAAAACUUCAAAAGUGAGGCCUUCAACCGGAAAUUCAGCAUCUACGCCACAAAGCCAGUGUCUUCCAUCUGAGAUUGAAGUAAAAUACAAAAUGGCUGAAUGUUAUACAAUGCUGAAACAAGAUAAAGAUGCCAUUGCCAUACUUGACGGGAUCCCUUCCCGACAGAGAACCCCCAAAAUAAAUAUGAUGCUGGCAAACUUGUACAAGAAGGCUGGCCAGGAGCGCCCUUCGGUCACCAGCUACAAGGAGGUCCUGCGCCAGUGCCCGCUGGCCUUGGAUGCCAUUCUAGGUCUGCUGUCCCUGUCUGUCAAAGGGGCAGAGGUGGCGUCCAUGACCAUGAAUGUUAUCCAGACGGUGCCUAACCUGGACUGGCUGUCUGUGUGGAUCAAAGCCUAUGCCUUUGUACAUACUGGUGACAACUCAAGAGCGAUCAAUACCAUCUGUUCACUGGAGAAAAAGUCUUUAUUGCGGGAUAACGUGGACCUGCUGGGAAGCUUAGCGGACCUGUACUUCAGAGCUGGAGACAGCAAAAACUCCGUCCUGAAGUUCGAGCAGGCUCAGAUGUUAGAUCCUUAUCUGAUCAAAGGGAUGGAUGUGUAUGGCUACCUGCUGGCGCGAGAAGGGCGGCUGGAAGACGUGGAGAAUCUCGGCUGCCGCCUGUUCAAUAUUUCUGACCAGCAUGCAGAGCCCUGGGUGGUGUCGGGGUGCCACAGCUUCUAUAGCAAACGCUACUCCCGGGCGCUGUACUUGGGCGCCAAGGCCAUUCAGCUGAACAGUAACAGCGUGCAGGCUCUGCUGCUGAAGGGAGCGGCGCUCCGGAACAUGGGCCGAGUCCAGGAGGCCAUCAUCCACUUCCGGGAGGCCAUACGGCUUGCACCCUGCCGCUUGGACUGCUAUGAAGAUCCACGUGAACCAACCCAGGAAGCCCACAAGGAGCUGAGUGCCCGCUACGCGGUGACUCAGACGCUACAAUAG